CCUAUUUAUCUGUAUUUUUCUGCUCUCAUUUUCCUUCUAUCCAAACACCCUCUCUACCGGUUUUCUCUCUCUCUCUCUCUCUCUGAAUUCUCAAAUUAAAUAUUCAUAUAGUUAGAUUAAAAAAAAAUGAAAUUGAGGUUCUAUUUCUUGGCAAUUGCGUUAUGUCUAUCGUCGAUUUGGUAUACUCCAAUUUCAGCUCGAAUUCACCCUAAUAUCUCACCCACACCGCCAUGGCAGGUCCCGAACGACACCGCUAAGGGAGCGUGGGACUCGUUCAAGAACUUCACCGGAUGCCGGCCGGGACAGAAGUCCGACGGACUGUCGAAGCUGAAGGACUAUUUCAAAAACUUCGGCUACAUUCCCGAUUCUCAGCACAAUUUCACCGACGACUUCGACGACGAGCUAGAAUCGGCGAUCAAGACCUACCAGAAGAACUUCAACCUCAAUGUCACCGGCGAGCUCGACGACAAGACGAUCGAGAACCUGAUGAAGUCCCGAUGCGGCAACGCCGACAUCGUCAACGGCACGUCUACGAUGAAUUCGGGAAAACCAGCGUCGUCUAAUUCGUCCCUGAAUUUCCAUGCUGUCCGACAUUACUCGUUCUUCGAAGGAAGGCCGACGUGGCCGGAGUACCACCGCGAUCUGACCUACGCUUUCUUGCCGGACAACGAGCUCUCGAAUACCACGAAGGAGGUGUUCACGCGCGCCUUCGAGCGGUGGGCGGCGGUCACGACGCUGACGUUCACGGAGACCGACUCGUACUACGAGGCGGACCUCAAGGUCGCAUUUUACACCGGCGAUCACGGCGACGGCGAGCCGUUCGACGGCGUGUUGGGGACGCUGGCGCACGCGUUCUCGCCGACGAGCGGGCGCUUCCACCUCGACGGCGCAGAGACCUGGGUGGCGGAGGGCGACGUUACUAAGUCGUCGACAUCGUCGGCGAUCGAUCUCGAAUCCGUCGCCGUCCACGAGAUCGGCCACCUCCUUGGGCUCGGACACUCGUCGGUGGAAGAGGCGAUCAUGUACCCGACGAUUUCGGCGAAAACUCGGAAGGUCGAGCUCGCCAGUGACGACAUUCAGGGGAUUCAGGAGCUGUACGGCGCGAAUUCCAAUUACACCACUCCGCCGUCGUCGUCAUCGCCGAAUUCUCACCAGGAAAACACGUCCAACGGUGGGGACCACCGCCGCUCGAGCUGGCGGUGGGACCUUGGCUUUCUCUCUUCCGUUGGAUUGGGUUUGCUUUUGUUGUAGAUUUGUAUAAAUAUACUUUUUUUUCCUCCUGA